UAAUUGCAUUAGAAGUCCUUUGUGGAGUUGUAAGCCUGCCAGCCCUAAUCCAGCUGUGUUUUCGAGCAGCCUGCCACAAUGAGUGGAGACUGGGACAUCGAAGCCAUCAAGGAGGAGGAGUGGGAGGAGCGUGCCGUGUACCUGGUGCCGGACACGCCCACGGAGGAGGCCUGCGAGAACCAUGCCACGCUGUCCCUCCCGAGGAACCUCGUCCUCAAGCCUUCGCAGACGCUCUCCGAUGUUAUGGGCAUCUGGAGCACCGACUACAUACCUCGGGGCACUCGCUUCGGGCCGCUCGUCGGUAAAUGUUAUGCCAAGGACGAGGUGCCCAAGACAGCUAAUCGGAAGUACUUCUGGAGGGUGGAUCUUGGCGUUGGGAAACGAUUUCAGGUGUAUAAAGAAAAUGAGCUGUACUACUACAUAGACGGCUACGACACAACCAGAGCCAACUGGAUGCGUUACGUGAACCCUGCUUAUUCGUCCGAGGCGCAGAACCUCAUAGCCUGCCAGUAUAAGACAAACAUUUAUUUCUACACGAUCAAGCCCAUCUUGCCCAACCAGGAGCUCCUCGUGUGGUACUGCAAGGAGUUCGCCACGAGACUCAACUACCCCCUCACGGGCGAGCUGAUGCUGCAGAAGAUCCGUCAGCAGGUCAAUGAGGUGGAGGUGAAGCAGGAGCAGGACGCCAUAGUGGAGACGAGCCCUUCGACGUCCCCCGUGGGCUCGACGUCCUCGGGGUCGCCCCCCGCCGCCUCUCCUACGCAGUUCGAGGCCGCGAAUGGCCAGCUGACGCCCACCGAGGGGUCAGUGAGAUCGGAUGAGGGUUACCAUAGCAACGGCUACCACGAUGACUUCAACCUGCCGGAGGAUUCAUCGGAUUCGGAGAAUGAUAAUAACUAUGUCCUCGACUUCAGCAAGAAGAAGAGGAAGGAAUCGCCGACGGAGGACGAGGAGGCGGAGCUCCGCAACGAGUACAGGAAGGUCAAGAUCAAGAUGUCUCGGGCAUAUCACUACCGCUCCAAGUCCACGGGUUCGGACUCCUCGGAAAAGGACAAGUCCGUGUCGCCUCCACUCGAGCGCCCGCAAGCUCCACCGGAGCCUGCGGUGGUGCCCAGCGGGGAGUCUCUCCCGCAGACCCUCCCUCAGGUGAUCGUGAAGCCGCCCUCCGCCCCGGCAGUGAAGAAAGAGGCACACAGGUCGCCCCCUUAUCUGCCCCCCUCACACUACCCCCCCUUCAGCGAGCAGACCCCCCGGGUCGACUCGGUGAUGGAGAAGGAGCAGCGGCCCGAGAGCACGCAGGAGAUGCCCGAGCCGGCCCGGAGAUACCCCGUGCUGGAUCAGCCGGGGCACCGCGCCUCGGAGCUGAGUCGUGCCCCGGAAGCGCCCCGGCCAGACACUCGCACGGCCCCAGUAUUGCCAGACUCCCGGAUGCCAAUGAUGCCAGAUACAAGGCUGCCCAGCGUGACCAUCACCAAGCAACAAGUGUCGCCAGACACCAGGCAGCCAAAUAUGCCUGACACUCGCAUGGGUCUUCCUGCAGGAGUCCGUCUGCCUCUCCCUCAUGAGACCUCAGGAGAGCCGCAGCUCGGGCCCACCGGAGCCCCGACACCCCCCUCAGGAUGCACGCCACCCGGCGCCCCCCGACACGAGACUCCCGUCCCUCCCGACACGCAGCUGGGAUCCUCUCGCCCUACGGGCUCGAUCUUGGAGAAUAUCCUGCUGCGUCGUCUCGGAGGUAAGGACGAGGCGGACACGACGCAUCCGCCCUCCGGCGUGCAUCGCGACCUCAAGGAGCCGGUCCACAUCGCCCUCCCGAGCGAUGCUCACUACAAGCCCGACAGCGCCUCGGGUAACUCCGGUCCUUCGCAGGACUUCCCCUACAAGCGGGCCUACUACGGCUCCGACUCCAGCCAGCAGAUCUCCCCUGAUUCCUCGUCCGCGCACCCGAAGCCAGCCUCCGCCUGCUACACCUCCCCUCAGCCCAACACGCAGGUGUCGUAUGCCGUCCAACAGCCCGUCAACAGCGCCAUAUACCGAACACCUGUAUCGCAAAUGUUCUCCAACGCUCACUUCAAUAUGUACUCCUACAACGGCUAUAACGGCAACAGUGGCAACGGGUUCCCCCCCGCGAGCCAGGCCUCCAUGCCCAUGGACCAUCGCCUCACCAUCUCCAUCCCGACCACCGCAACGGGCCAGUCUCCAGCCUCCAGCAAUUCGUCCCACUCCUCGCAGGGCUCGCCGUCGUCGCAGGGCUCGACCUCGCCCAAUGCGGGCAACAACAGAGGCUACCGCUCCCUCCCUUACCCCCUGCAGAAGAAGGAUGGCAAAAUGCACUACGAAUGCAACGUUUGCUUCAAGACCUUCGGCCAGCUGUCAAAUCUGAAGGUGCACCUCAGAACACACUCCGGGGAACGGCCUUUCAAAUGCAACGUGUGCAUCAAGAGCUUCACACAGCUGGCUCAUCUGCAGAAGCACCACCUGGUCCACACCGGCGAGAAGCCACACCAGUGCGACAUCUGCAAAAAGAGGUUUAGCUCCACCUCGAACUUGAAAACUCACAUGAGGCUACACUCGGGUCAGAAGCCCUAUGCCUGCGACCUGUGCCCCGCUAAGUUCACUCAGUUCGUCCAUCUCAAACUGCACAAGAGACUGCACACCAACGAGCGACCGUAUACGUGUAACACCUGCAACAAGAAGUACAUCAGUGCGUCAGGUUUAAGGACGCACUGGAAGACAACGAGUUGUAAGCCCUCCAGCCCCGAGGAGGAGCUGGCGGCAGAGCGGUCUCCGACGGGGUCGUCGUCAGGCUAUGAUUACUGCCCAUCCAUCGCCUCCGGGAGCAGCCUGGACACGAUAGACAACAACAGCCUCGACGGCAUGCCCCACGCGUCCCCCCGCCACGACCCCCUGCACGACAGCGUGGACUAUGACCCCAAGAGCCCCUCGUACAUCAUCCCAGACGACCUCAUCAAGCACUCGCAGGAGGAAUUCAAGAACUACAGCUCAGAAAUCAAGUGCGAGACGGACACUAGACCCUCUGUGAUUGAAACCUCAGCUCACCACGCGAUCGAGUGCACGUAAAGAAAACCCUGUGAUAUCUUUAAAGAGAGUGCGAACUAUUCUUCCCUGCCGAAGAGAAGGAUCAGUGUGGGGGUGAAAUCUCAUAGAAAACAAUUGGCAAUAUUUGCCGUCUAGUGUGUGCUUCAAAUUGAGGUUCUUGUCAUUUACUCGUGACUCUAU